UCCCUUUCUUAUAUCGCCCGGUGAACAAAUUCUCUCCGAUCAACAAACAGACGCGUUCAGAAGAAGAAAAAAAGAAAAGAAAAAAAAAAAGAACGAGGACGUACUCGCAUAUAUAAACACGCACGCGUAGAUAUAUACAUUUUAUAUUCAGAUAUUCGUUGAAUGACAAUUGGAGAUGGGAGAGGGAGGGUGUUGGUCGACGAUGGAUCUGCUACGGUCGGAGCCGAUGCAAUUGGUGCAACUCAUCAUUCCCAUCGAAUCAGCUUACCGCACGAUCUCCUAUCUCGGUGACCUUGGUCUCUUUCAAUUCAAAGAUCUCAAUGCAGAAAAGAGCCCAUUCCAGCGGACAUAUGCUUCUCAGAUCAAAAGAUGUGGGGAAAUGGCUCGCAGGCUACGUUUCUUCAGGGAACAAAUGAAAAAAGCUGGUUUGUCAAGCUCAUCAAGAUUUAGAAGCAAUGAUAUUGAUCUGGACAACUUGGAGGUUAAACUUGGAGAACUUGAAGCUGAGCUGUUAGAGAUAAAUGCAAACAAUGAAAAGUUACGCCAUUCUUAUAAUGAGCUAUCAGAAUAUAAGCUUGUUCUGCAGAAGGCUGGUGAGUUUUUCCAUUCAGCUCAAAGCAGUGCUGCAGCGCAGCAGAGUGAACUUGAAGUGCAACAAACUGGUGAAGGAUCAAUUGACAGUCCUUUAUUACUGGAGCAAGAAAUGACAACAGAUCCAUCAAAACAAGUUAAGCUGGGAUUUGUCAGCGGUCUCGUUCCUAGAGAAAAAUCAAUGGCUUUUGAAAUGAUUCUAUUUCGAGCAACCAGGGGCAAUGUGUUUUUGAAGCAAGCUGUGGUUGAACAUCCUGUCAUUGAUCCCGUGUCAGGAGAGAAGGUUGAGAAAAAUGUUUUCGUUAUCUUCUAUUCUGGGGAGAGAGCGAAGAGCAAAAUACUGAAAAUAUGUGAAGCUUUUGGAGCAAACCGUUACCCAUUUGCGGAUGACUUAGGAAAACAAUUUCAGACGAUAUCAGAGGUGUCUGGAGGACUUUCAGAGCUGACGGUGACUAUAGAUGCCGGUCUGCUGCAUAGGAACAAUCUGCUACAGACAAUUGGCUAUGAAUACGAGCAGUGGAAUCUUCAGGUGAAGAAGGAAAAGUCCAUUUAUCACACUUUAAAUAUGCUCAGCUUUGAUGUGACAAAGAAGUGUCUCGUUGGGGAAGGUUGGUGUCCUGUUUUUGCAACUAAGCAGAUUCAAAAUGCAUUGCAGCAGGCAACCUUUGACAGCAACUCACAAGUAGGGGCCAUCUUCCAGGUUUUGCAUACAAAGGAAUCACCACCAACCUAUUUCUGCACAAACAAGUUUACUUCUUCUUUUCAAGAAAUUGUUGAUGCAUAUGGUGUUGCCAAAUAUCAGGAAGCGAAUCCUGGUGUAUACACAAUAAUCACAUUCCCUUUCCUUUUUGCUGUUAUGUUUGGUGAUUGGGGCCAUGGUAUAUGCUUGUUGCUGGCAACAUUAUACUUCAUAGUCAGAGAGAAGAAAUUUUCCAGUCAGAAACUUGGAGACAUCAUAGAAAUGACUUUUGGCGGCCGUUAUGUUAUCUUGAUGAUGGCAUUGUUCUCAAUCUACACAGGAUUGAUAUAUAAUGAGUUCUUCUCAGUCCCAUUUGAACUAUUUGGGCUCUCUGCCUACGGAUGUCGUGAUCCAUCGUGCAGUGACGCUUCUACUGUGGGCUUAAUAAAGGUGUGGGACACGUAUCCAUUUGGCGUGGACCCUAAGUGGCAUGGUACCCGUAGUGAGUUGCCAUUUCUCAACUCUUUGAAGAUGAAGAUGUCAAUUCUACUGGGAGUAGCCCAGAUGAAUCUUGGAAUUGCAUUGAGUUACUUUAAUGCAAAAUUCUUUGGAGAUGACCUAAAUAUCUGGUACCAAUUUGUUCCCCAGAUAAUAUUUUUAAACAGCCUGUUUGGCUACCUUUCACUCCUCAUUAUUGUGAAAUGGUGCACUGGCUCGCAAGCUGAUCUUUAUCAUGUGAUGAUAUACAUGUUCCUCAGUCCUACGGAUGAUCUCGGGGAAAAUCAGCUUUUCGUUGGCCAGAAGUCCCUUCAGCUUGUGUUACUUCUCUUGGCUCUCGUUGCUGUACCAUGGAUGCUGUUUCCAAAGCCUUUUCUCUUGAAGAAACAACACCAAGAGAGGCACCGAGGACAAUCUUACGCGCUGCUCCACAGCAUUGAUGACCCUUUCGAAACAGAACCUCAUCAUGAUUCCCAUGACCAUGAGGAGUUUGAGUUCAGCGAGGUCUUCGUACACCAAAUGAUACAUACCAUAGAAUUUGUGCUUGGAGCGGUGUCCAAUACAGCUUCAUAUCUACGAUUAUGGGCCCUCAGUCUAGCUCACUCGGAGUUGUCAAGUGUCUUUUACGACAAGGUUCUACUUCUAGCCUGGGGGUACAACAAUGUUAUUAUUCUUAUUGUUGGCAUCAUUGUAUUUAUAUUUGCGACUGUUGGUGUGCUACUAGUGAUGGAAACCCUAAGUGCAUUCCUACAUGCCUUGCGACUCCACUGGGUAGAGUUCCAGAACAAGUUCUACCAGGGAGAUGGUUAUAAAUUCGAACCAUUUUCAUUUGCAUUGCUUAGCGAGGAGGAUGAAUGAUGCACUGUUUGAGUUUGGUCAUAGGCUAAAAAAUAGGAAACAAAAUUGAUCAUAUUGAAUUUGCUGGUGGAUAAUCUGCCAAUUCUUUCACGUGAAGUGUAGAUCUUAGAAAGGUAACGGAGCAAUUGCCUUGCUAGCAAGAGCAGUUGCUUAUUCAUUGUAAUAAAGAGCCUUCCCUGAUGAGGCCGCAAAUCAUUGUUUAUGUAUAUCAGUAGGAAUUCUGCAUCCAAGUGGAGAACAUGCCAAUUUGUCUCCAAAUCAAUGUUCAAUUAUUCUAUUCUUAUUGAUAGGAUGAUGUUGAUCUGUUGUAGUUUGUUGUGCGAUUGUUUAGGGAAAAGGGUUUGUGAACCCUAUUGUAAGAUGAAUUGUAACUUCUUUUUGCAACAAUUACUUAAUGAAUGAGUUACUGUUGCUAUGA